AUGACGUCACAGACAGCGACACCUCUUCAGCAUACGAGUAUUCUUCCCUUUAUGUCAGACAAACAACUUGCGUUAUUUGUUCCGCUCGUGGUUUAUUGGGUAUAUUCGGGGUUUUACCACCUAAUUUCAACUUUGGAGAUUCCACUUUUUGAAAAAUAUCGACUUCACAGUGUUAUUGAAACAGAAACAAGAAACAAAGUUUCACAGAGUGAAGUUAUUCGAGCAGUUUUAUUACAACAGUUUUUACAGACUUUACUAGGGUUCUUGUUAGUCGUUGUUGAAGACGAAGACGUAAUGUUGGACGACGCGGUUGAAAUGCUAGUCUACCAACAAAUAUUAAAGUCAAUAUUAACAACCUUUGAUAAAUGGAAUGUGCUUGAACCUUUCCAUAAUUCUAUAGUAAAGACGGUAUACUGGUAUUUAAUUCCAUUCUCACGAUUUCUUUUUGCCAUAUUACAUGCUCCAUAUGCUUUUGGUGCACUUUAUAAUCAUCCCGUAGAAGGGUUUGUGAUGGAUUCCGUAGGUGCUGGAUUAGCGUUUAAAUUAUCAGGAAUGACAACUCUUGUCGAUGAUCAUUGCGGCUACAACUUGCCAUUUAAUCCGAUUCAAAAAAUCUUUGGCAAUAAUUCAGCCUACCAUGAUAUUCAUCAUCAGGCGUACGGUAUAAAAAUGAAUUUUUCCCAACCAUUCUUCACCAUAUGGGAUCGAAUUCUCGGAACUUAUUUAUCAAAACCUCCAAAAGUUUUAUUAUCAACCGAGAAUCAAUCUCUUUCUCAGACGACCGCCAUUCAUAGCCUUACAUUAAAGGACAAUGGAAUGAUUGAUGAACCCAAGGUUUAUGAAAUGCAACGAUUCGUUUCUGUGAGAGAUUCGCCUGUCAGAUAUGACCUGAGACCACGAAAAACCCUCUCGUCGAUUUAA